CUUAGUCGGGUUUGUGUGGGACUAUGUGGCUUGGAGAUUACUAUGGCAGUGUUGGGGGGACUUACCAGAUAUACAAGCCGCUGCAUUUGCCUUCGCACUUACAAUAUAAUGUAUUUUUGUAAGAGGCGAGCUCGUCAGUUAGUCGCGGACUCGAGGUUGUGCGGUUGAGUUUGUCGAGAACAUUUUUUGUUGCUCCUCAGAACGUUCUGCGGCAUAAAAUAUUUGCUCAUUUUUUUGAGCAAAAUCCAGUCAACUCAAUCCUUUUAUUGGUUUUUGUUUUUUUUAUUCCUCGUGAAUUCUUCCGCUGCUAAAUCAUCAAUAGUGGUUUUCAUCAGGAGAGACACCAAAGUGCGCCUCUUUCUAAGCGUUGGGCGCAAGUUUUUGCAGAAAUAACGAUCAUUUGUGAACAUUUUCAAAGGAGAGGAUCACAUUUUUUUGAUAAAAGUGUACGGCCUCGUGAGUGAACGAUGACGGACAAAAUAAAGGAAGAGAAACCGCUCAAUGGCGAGGAAGCCAUUACACUCCCAGAACGACCACAGAGACCACUAACUGCAGGGCAGAAAUGUUCACAAUUCAUUAGCAUCUACUGGAGAUCGCUAGUGGUUGUAUUUUCACCAUUUAUCCUCCUACCCGUUUUUCUACUGAACGAGGGACCGGCGUACAAAUGCAUGUACGUGGUGCUUCUAAUGUCAAUUUACUGGGUCACCGAAGCCCUCCCACUGCCCAUUACUUCUAUGAUCCCAAUGGUUCUCUUUCCUGUAAUGGGUGUCCUGGACACAGAGAGAACAUGUAUGAUGUACAUGAAGGAAACAAUGCUGAUGUUCAUUGGAGGCCUUAUCAUAGCACUUGCUGUGGAGUACUGUAAUCUUCACAAGAGGGUUGCUCUUAAAGUGAUCUCACUCAUUGGAUGCAGUCAAAGAAGAUUAAACUUUGGCCUUCUCACUGUUACAAUGUUUGUCUCAAUGUGGAUCUCCAAUACUGCUGCUGUAGCCAUGAUGUGCCCAAUUAUGCAGGCUGUCCUGGAAGAACUGGAGUCUCAGGGUUUGUGCAAGAUGUACUUGGAUAAGACAAAGUCAGCCGAGGAGGAGGGAAUGUUGGGCAAAGAUAAGGUUGAUGAUGAACCAAAGAAACCCUCAAAGACGACCAUUUGCUACUUUGUCGGAGCAGCCUAUGCCUCAACCCUCGGUGGGUGUGGAACAAUCAUUGGAUCCGGAACUAAUCUCACAUUCAAGGGUAUCUACGAAAGUCGUUUCCCCGAUGCACCUGGCCUUGAUUUCCCUAAGUGGAUGUUCUACAAUGUACCUGGAAUGUUGAUCUUCACCUUCCUCACAUGGGCAUACCUACAAUUUGUCUACAUGGGUCUCUUCCGUCCUAAUAGUCCCGAAGCAAAGGCCUCCCAAUUGGGCAAGGAGGGUGAAGCUGUGGCUCGAAGUGUAAUUGAGACACGCUACAAGGAACUCGGUCCAAUGACAUCACACGAAAAAUCCGUAGCAUUCCUCUUCCUUCUGUCUGUUGUGUUGUUCUUCACACGUGCCCCAGGAUUCAUUACUGGAUGGGCUGAAGCUCUAACUGAUGUUAAAAUUAAGGAUGCCACCCCGGCCAUUUUCGUUGUCAUUGCACUCUUCAUUAUCCCGGCCAAUUGGAAGUUCCUCAACUACUUUAAGAGUCGCUCAACAGCUGCCAAUCUCCCCAAAGCCCCUACACCUGGUCUCAUUACAUGGAAGUACAUUCACCAGAAGGUUCCAUGGAGUUUGAUUUUCCUGCUCGGUGGUGGUUUUGCUUUGGCUGAAGGUGGACGCGUUUCUGGAAUGUCUGCCCUUCUGGGUAACUCACUUGCUGGACUGAAGACUCUGCCACCACUUCUUCUUCUCUUUGUCGUCUGCCUCACAGCUUCAUGUCUUACUGAAUUCACAUCCAACGUGGCCAUUGCUAACAUUAUGCUGCCAGUUCUUGCUGAAAUGGCCAUCGCUAUUGAAGUUCACCCACUGUUCUUGAUGUACCCCGCUGCCCUUAGCUGUAGUAUGGCUUUCCACAUGCCUGUUGGAACACCCCCCAAUGCUAUUGUUGCUGGUGUUGGAAAUAUCGCCACAAAAGACAUGGCUGUUGCUGGAAUUGGUCCCACAAUCUUCACACUCAUCGUUGUCUGGGCUAGUUUUCCAACAUGGGGUGCUGUCGUUUACCCGGAACUCGCAACCUUCCCAGACUGGGCCAGACAUACGGUUGUCAGUGUGGCCAAUGCCACUGUGACAUAGGCAGCCAUCUAAACUCAUCCCUUUGGAGGAGCCUUAUUCAGAAAAUUUAGAUUUUUUUGCAUUUCUCAUUUCGGAGGAUUCAGUUGGCCAACAUGUGGCACAAUUUUCAUGUGCCACUCGUGGAUAUUUUUCGAAGAUUUUAGUUAAAUCCAGAGAUUGAAUUUAGUGCCUAAACUGACUUUUUACAUUUUAAGCAAGUUUAUGUGGAGAACUGGUACUCGAUCAGCCCAUAGAAUGAAAUUUAUUUAAACAUGUGUAACAAUUUCCAAGAAAAGGUGUUUAAUUUUUUUUAACUGGAACACACUGAAGAAAAUUCAUUCUUCGCCAGUUUACAUUAUAGGGAACUUUUAUGUCUCUAGGUGCGUAUCAUUUAAUUCUAUAGGUGCAAUUUGCAAUUCAUUUUUUUAAUCUUAAAAAAAAUCAAAAAGAAAAAUCACUCAGUGUGUGAAAUGACAUUUUGUAACCACUAAAUAUUAUGGAGAAUUUAUGAAUUCUCUAAAAUCCCAAAUUUUGUGUUUUUUUAUUAUCAAUGAAAAUAAAAAAAAAAAGAAUUUGGGUGAAUGUAUCGCGAAAGAAUAUUUUAGCAAUAAAUUAUUAAUUUGAUAAAUUAAUUCAUAGGAUCACGUCAUGAAAGCAUUUACUUAAGAUGGUGUUGAAAGGAACAUAAACACUGAAUACUAAAUAGUCGUUGUGAGUGUCUUUUGUGAGAAGAAAUAAAAGGAAAACUCAAGGCCUGUCUUCCAUACCUUAACACAGAUUUAUAUUUAUACAUUUUGGGUGUUAUUUUUGAAUAUUUGCAUUAAAAUUAACAAGAAAACGAUGUGGUAUAUAGUGUGUUUAAUCACAAAGAAAUCAAAUUGAAAUUAGAACGCCAAGAAUGUUUUUAGAAAAAUGUAAAUUUUCCAAAAAUAUUCUUACGGUUUAAAAUUUUAAAAUCAUCAGAGAAUUUUUACAAAGUGUUGCAACUAUUCAAAAAAUAUAUAUACAGGAAGAAUAAAUUUUGUGUAUCCAGGGACAAUAAAUUACUUUUUACCUCUAUGCUCAAAAGAAAUGUACAUAUUUUCCAAAAUGAAAACAUAUUUUUUUGUAAAAUAAAUUAAAAAUAGAAGAGCAUAGUUUUCAAAAAUAUAUUAAGAGAGAAAUUUAUGUACACAGAAACACCGAUAUUAUUUGUUAAAACAAAUUGUCACAGUGAUAUAGAAGUAGAGAAUAUUUUAGAGAAAAAAAAAUACAGAAAAAAUUAUGUACGAAAA